UAAUCGAUGUUAUGAUUCCAAAUCGUCCUAAGUCCCUGUGAAACCUCGAUUGUGAUUCAUUGAGUUUCUAAUUAAUACAGUUGAGCGAACAUUCACUGCGUGUCCGGAGUCCAGUUUAUGUAGAUAUACUUCAUCGUGCCUCGUUGUGUAUUACAUUAAACUGUCGUCCCUUGUUACGAAAAUGGCGAAUUACACGGACCGCCAAUAUUCCUACGGAAAUUCUGUACAUUCUUGUACAGAUGACACGAAGUGAACUUUUCAACCAGUCUGAUGCGGAAGAACUUUAUCGGGGCCAAGUAACAAAACAAUUUCGGAUCGUCAAAGAUGGAUGCAACAAUUGAGAGAGAGUGCAGUGCUCUGGGUGGCCUGUUUCAGCAGAUUAUCACUGACAUGAAGAAUGGAGCACCAUUAUGGGAAGAUUUAAUCUCAAAAGCAACAAAAUUACAUUCAUGUUUAAGGGCUGCUAUUUUAGCUGUUUCUGCAUACCUUGAAACCUUUCAAAAAAUUGCUGAUGCUGCAACUAAUGCAAGAGGUGCGACAAAAGAAAUUGGGACUGCUUUAACUCGAAUAUGUCUUAGACAUAAAGCUGUGGAGACCCGAAUGAAAUCCUUUACCAGUGCUAUUAUGGAUUGCUUGGUGUUACCUCUUCAAGAAAAAUUAGAAGAUUGGAAGAGGUCCUUAAUAAAUUUAGAUAAGGAACAUGCCAAAGAAUAUAAGAAAGCAAGAACUGAAUUGAAAAAGCGAUCUACAGAUACACUAAGGUUACAAAAGAAAAAAGCACGCAAGGGUCAACACUUGCAUGGACAGACACCACCACAAUGUCAUGGAACUUUGACAAGUGAUGUUGAAUUAAAUCGAAUGCUAGAAUCUUCUGCUGCUGUUGUUCAAGAAAAACGCCUAAGUUUAGAAGAAACAGAAAGAAGAGCAGUUCGUGCAGCCCUGCUUGAAGAAAGAGGCAGAUUCUGUCUUCUUGCCAGAUUUCUGAAACCAGUACUUGACGAGGAAAUUGCAAUGCUAAUGGAACUGACACACCUCCAAGAAGUUUCCGAUCAGUUACAACGACAUGCCGCCUCUCCACAUCAUUUACCACCUGCCUCGGAACAAGUGAUAACUGAUAUAAAAGGUUGCGACGUAACACAAUGGUCACUGGCCACGCCUCCUUCCAGUCCUUCCUUGUCUCUUGGAUCGAGAAAAAGUUCAAUGUGUUCAAUCAGUUCUUUAACUAGUAGCAGCAGUGGUUCUUGCAAAAGUCAUCCAAGCCCAUCUGGACAUCCUUGGCAUAGAUCGCUUUCUCAGUCUGUCGGUGUCAGGCCCUCCAGCAUCAGUGGUAUGAUGACGCUCCGCCACUUGAUAAACGGUAGCUCCCGUGACUCUGGCUUCACUUCGCAGGAUACAUUGUAUACACAACCGAUUUCGGAACAUCAGGUAUCAAAUGUGUCUUCUCAAAAUAAUAAAAAUACCGGUUGUACAACAACAAGACCAGUAACCACUGCUACUUGGCCUGACUUACAGGAAACUUCGGUUCAGUGCGAUAGGCAAAAUCAGAACUCGAUCAACGAACGGCCACAUACAAUCUCUUCCGCUUAUGAGAAGGGGCAUCAGCGACCAGCUCUCAGCGUUUAUACAUUCCAAGCUCCAGACAAUACAGGCUGUUGCCAUAGUCAACCAGCUUCUCCAGUUUCUUCUUCCUCGUCGUGUUCUUCCUCGAAUCAACAAGCAUCCAGAGUACAAUUGCGUAGAAAUAAUGGUAGUAAUCGUCCUCCUAUACCGAACAGAUGUUCCAGUUUAGAACGACCAACAGUUCCGGUAAAGAAUGAGCCUCCCGGAAGUCCCCGAGGUAAACCUAAAUUACCGUUACCAGCGCAUUUAGCAAAAGAAUUAGCAACUCAUCAGCUUCAGCAGCCAAUGUACGUAAACAUGCAUGAAUUAGCAAAUCUAGCAGCAACUCGUGCUCAAGAAAUGCAGUUGCCUUUGCCUCCGCCUCCUGCAUCGUUAACAGCGCCAGGGGCUGAAAAGACGGAAGUUGCGGAAAAAGAUGGUGGAAGUCAAACGUCAGAGUCUAGCGUGGAGUCCAGCAGUGGCUAUGGAAGUCAAACGACAAUACCGCAUUCUCAUUCACUUCAGAAUCAAAAUGAGAACGCGUGGAACGUACCUGGUGCUGUGUCUACUUUGAUCGUUCGCAGAGGAUCGGUGCAACAAGCAAGCAAACCUCCUCCUCCUACAAGACGCACAUCCACCAUCAUAACUGCUACAUUCAGUAAUCCUACGUCAGGUUCUACCGAUGAACGUACUGAUAACACCUGCGACGAGGCUGAAAAUCUGCCGCCUCCGCCAGCAUUUUUAUUAGAGGGUUCCUCGCCUACAGCCAGCCCUACUCCUCAACGAUCUGUCUCUGUGUCAGAAACAGUGAGGACCCUUACAGAAUUACGCCACACCCCUGCUAGUCCUUCUCUUCUGCGAAAGGCUACUGGGCAGGCACAGUCCCAUAACAUCCCGACUGGUACGUUACAGCAUAAUGCCGUGUUACAAGUCACUCGAUCUUCUGUCGAACGAUCGUGUGCAGCAAUUCGCUCGACUUCCCAAGAACGUGGAUCGACCACCACACAAGUAACAACAAUCAGCACGGGUUUAAAUAUUCAAGGUCAAGGUCCAGGAGGAGUAGGUCAGAGCUUUAUGGCGGUACUAAGUGCUAAACUUAUUAACAGUACAACAGGUAACAAUACCGCGGGUAGUAAUAAUACCAGCAGCAGUCCUAAGUCUUCAAGAAAGCAUUCGGUUGAGCAGCAGAUAACGAAAGCUACGAAAACGUCAUCCGGUUUUCUUGAAACUUUAAACGCGAAAUUAGCGCAACAGCAACAAAACAUGCAAGGGAAUAAUAUGUCGAGUAAAUCAGCAAGCGUGAGACGUAUUAUGGGUAAUCGUGUACCUAUUAUAGACCCUUUACAAGUUCGGGACUCUCUUAUGGAUCAAAUACGAAGGGGGACCUCUUUAAGAAAGACUACCGGACCGAUUAAUGAUCGUUCGGCACCUAAAAUCUAUUAA